GCUGGGCGGCGCGGCCGUCCCGCUCAGCAGGUGACUACGGGCCGGGCGGGAGCCCGAGCGAAUCCCGGGUGGGCGGGCGCGGACGGCGCAGGCCAGCGCAGCGCGAAGCCAGUCCGCCGAGCGGGCGAAGUUUGCCGAACAUGGCGGAGGAACCCGGGGCGCGCAGGAGCUCGGCGGCACGGCGGCCGGCGCCCCAGGAGUUGUAGCCGCCGCGCUGCUGGGCGAGGUGGCCGCCAUGGCCCGCUGGAUCCCGACCAAACGGCAGAAGUACGGGGUUGUGAUCUAUAACUACAACGCCUCUCAAGAUGUGGAGCUCUCCCUGCAGAUCGGAGACACGGUUCACAUCCUGGAGAUGUAUGAGGGUUGGUUCCGAGGAUAUACCCUCCAAAAUAAAUCUAAAAAGGGUAUUUUCCCUGAAACAUAUAUCCAUUUGAAAGAGGCAACCGUGGAAGACCGAGGGCAAAACGAGACGGUGAUCCCUGGCGAACUCCCACUGGUGCAGGAGCUCACAUCCACGCUGCGAGAAUGGGCUGUCAUCUGGCGCAAGCUCUACGUGCACAACAAGGUCACACUCUUCCGCCGACUGCAGCAGAUGACGUACAGCCUGAUCGAGUGGCGGUCCCAAAUCCUGUCUGGAACACUCCCCAAGGACGAACUGGCAGAGCUCAAGAAGAAGGUCACAGCCAAAAUCGAUCAUGGGAACAGAAUGCUUGGCUUGGACCUGGUCGUGCGAGAUGACAAUGGCAACAUCUUGGACCCAGAGGAAACCAGCACAGUAGCCCUCUUCAAGGCCCAUGAAGUGGCCUCGAAAAGGAUUGAGGAAAGGAUUCAAGAAGAAAAGUCAGUCCUGCAGAACCUGGACUUGCGGGGACAGUCCAUCUUCAGUGCCAACCAUACCUACGGCCUCUACGUCAACUUCAAGAACUUUGUCUGCAACAUCGGGGAAGACGCAGAGUUGUUCAUGGCCCUCUAUGACCCAGAGCGGUCCAGUUUCAUCAGUGAGAACUACCUAAUUCGUUGGGGCAGCAAUGGGAUGCCCAAGGAAAUUGAGAAACUUAACAACCUUCAGGCGGUCUUCACCGACCUCAGCAGCACUGACCUCAUCCGACCCCGCAUCAGCCUCGUGUGCCAGAUUGUCCGGGUGGGCCACAUGGAGCUGAAGGAAGGCAAAAAGCACACCUGUGGGCUCCGCAGACCCUUCGGAGUAGCAGUGAUGGAUAUUACUGAUAUUGUACAUGGGAAGGUGGAUGAUGAAGAAAAGCAGCAUUUUAUUCCCUUUCAGCAGAUUGCCAUGGAAACCUACAUCCGGCAGAGGCAGCUAAUCAUGUCACCCCUGAUAACAUCCCAUGUGAUUGCAGAAAAUGAGCCACUCACUUCAGUCUUGAACAAAGUGAUAGCAGCAAAGGAAGUGAACCACAAAGGACAAGGACUUUGGGUAUCCUUAAAGCUAUUGCCAGGCGAUCUCACGCAGGUUCAGAAGAAUUUUUCACACCUGGUGGAUAGAUCAACAGCAAUUGCCCGAAAAAUGGGCUUCCCUGAAAUAAUACUUCCAGGAGAUGUUCGCAACGACAUUUACGUCACCCUGAUCCACGGGGAGUUUGACAAAGGGAAAAAGAAGACGCCCAAGAACGUGGAGGUGACCAUGUCUGUGUGUGACGAGGAGGGCAACACCUUGGAGAAAGCAAUUCAUCCUGGCGCGGGAUACGAAGGCAUUUCAGAGUACAAGUCAGUAGUCUAUUACCAAGUCAAACAGCCCUGUUGGUAUGAGACUGUCAAGGUGUCCAUUCCUAUAGAGGAGGUUGGUCACUGCCAUAUAAGGUUCACCUUCCGGCACCGAUCGUCUCAGGAAUCCAGAGAUAAAUCGGAGCGAGCCUUCGGGGUGGCCUUCGUGAGGCUGAUGAACCCGGAUGGCACCACCCUGCAGGACGGGAGGCACGACUUGGUGGUUUACAAGGUGGGAGAGAACAAGAAGAUGGAAGAUGCCAAGUACUACCUGACCCUGCCUGGAACCAAGGCAGAGAUGGAAGAAAAAGAGCUCCAGGCAUCCAAAACCCCGGCCAACUUUGCCCCAGCCAAGGACAGCACAAAAGAUAGCUUUCAGAUUGCCACCGUCAUUUGCUCCACAAAGCUCACCCAGAACGUUGACCUGUUAGGCUUGUUAAAUUGGCGUUCGAACUCCCAGAACAUUAAACACAACUUAAAGAAGUUAAAGGAGGUGGAAGGAGGAGAGAUCGUUAAGUUUUUGCAAGAUACACUAGAUGCACUUUUUAACAUAAUGAUGGAAAUGUCAGAUGAUGAAACAUACGACUUUCUUGUGUUUGAUGCACUGGUCUUUAUUAUUUCACUGAUAGGAGACAUCAAGUUCCAGCAUUUCAACCCCGUCCUGGAAACCUACAUUUACAAGCACUUCAGCGCCACUUUGGCAUAUGUGAAACUCUCCAAGGUACUGAACUUUUAUGUGGCUAAUGCAGAGGACUCCAGCAAGACGGAAUUGCUGUUUCUUGCUUUGAAAGCCUUAAAGUACUUGUUCAGAUUCAUCAUCCAAUCCAGAGUGCUCUACCUGAGAUUUUAUGGCCAAAGUGAAGAUGGAGAUGAAUUUAAUAACUCAAUCCGCCAAUUAUUUCUCUCUUUCAACACACUAAUGGACAGGCCCCUGGAGGAAGCUGUCAAGAUCAAGGGAGCAGCUUUGAAGUACCUUCCGAGCAUAAUAAAUGAUGUUAAACUUGUGUUUGAUCCUGUUGAGCUCAGUGUGCUCUUCUGCAAGUUCAUCCAGAGCAUUCCUGACAACCAGUUAGUUCGCCAAAAGCUGAACUGCAUGACCAAGAUAGUAGAGAGUAAUCUGUUUCGGCAGUCGGAGUGCAGGGAUGUGCUGCUGACGCUGCUGAUAGACCAGCUCAGUGGCCAAUUAGAUGACAACUCCAGCAAGCCGGACCAUGAGGCAAGCGUGCAGCUUCUGAGCAACAUCCUGGAAGUGCUGGACAAGAAAGAUGUGGGCCCCACUGCACCCCACAUACAGCAGAUAAUGCAGCGGCUGCUGAGGAGGAUCAAUCGGACCGUCAUCGGGAUGAGCCGCCAGGCUCCCCACAUUGGCAGUUUUGUGGCGUGCAUGAUCGCCAUCCUGCGACAGAUGGACGACAGUCACUACUCCCACUACAUCAGCACCUUCAAAACCAGACAAGACAUCACUGACUUCCUCAUGGAAACUUUUAUCAUGUUUAAGGAUCUGAUUGGAAAGAAUGUCUAUGCCAAAGACUGGAUGGUCAUGAACAUGACUCAGAGCAGGGUUUUCCUCCGUGCCAUCAAUCAGUUCUCUGAGGUGCUCACACGGUGCUUUAUGGACCAGACAAGCUUCGAACUUCAGCUCUGGAACAAUUACUUCCAUUUGGCAGUAGCAUUUCUCACCCAUGAGUCCCUUCAGCUUGAAACCUUCUCUGAAGCCAAACGCACCAAAAUUGUAAAAAAAUAUGGGGACAUGAGGAAGGAACUCGGCUUUCGGAUCCGGGACAUGUGGUACAACUUGGGUCCCCACAAAAUCAAAUUCAUCCCUUCCAUGGUGGGUCCCAUUCUGGAGGUCACGUUGACCCCUGAAGUGGAGCUCCGGAAAGCCACCAUCCCCAUUUUCUUUGAUAUGAUGCAGUGUGAGUUCAAUUUCAGUGGAAAUGGCAAUUUCCAUAUGUUUGAGAAUGAGCUGAUCACAAAGCUGGACCAGGAGGUGGAAGGUGGCAGAGGAGACGAACAGUACAAGGUCCUUCUCGAAAAGCUGCUCCUGGAACACUGCCGGAAACAUAAGUACCUCUCCGGCUCCGGGGAGGUCUUCGCACUCCUGGUCAGCAGCCUCUUGGAGAACCUCCUGGACUACAGAACCAUCGUCAUGCAUGAUGAGAGCAAGGAGAACCGCAUGAGCUGCACUGUGAAUGUGCUGAAUUUCUAUAAAGAAAAGAAGAGAGAGGACAUAUACAUAAGGUACCUGUACAAGCUGCGGGAUUUGCACCGAGACUGCGAGAACUACACAGAAGCUGCCUACACGCUGCUCCUGCACGCAGAGCUUCUGCAGUGGUCUGACAAACCCUGUGCACCCCAUCUGCUCCAGAGGGACAGUUACUAUGUUUACACCCAGCAAGAGCUGAAGGAAAAGCUGUAUCAGGAAAUCAUUUCCUACUUUGACAAAGGCAAAAUGUGGGAGAAGGCCAUCAAGCUGAGCAAAGAGUUGGCUGAGACUUACGAGAGCAAAGUGUUUGACUACGAGGGCCUUGGCAAUCUCCUGAAAAAAAGAGCCUCCUUUUAUGAGAACAUCAUAAAGGCCAUGCGGCCUCAGCCUGAAUACUUCGCUGUUGGAUACUACGGACUGGGCUUUCCUUCUUUCCUGCGGAACAAAAUCUUCAUCUACCGGGGGAAGGAGUAUGAGAGGCGAGAAGACUUCAGUCUGAGGUUGCUGACCCAGUUCCCCAAUGCGGAGAAGAUGACCAGCACCACACCCCCGGGAGAGGACAUCAAGUGCUCCCCAAAGCAGCAUAUGCAGUGUUUCACCGUUAAGCCUGUGAUGAACCUGCCACGCAGCUACAAGGAUAAACCAGUUCCGGAGCAGAUCUUAAACUACUACAGAGCCAACGAAGUGCAGCAGUUCCAAUAUUCUCGCCCAUUCCGGAAAGGAGAAAAGGAUCCAGACAAUGAGUUUGCUACCAUGUGGAUUGAAAGGACCACGUAUACGACUGCGUACACCUUCCCUGGGAUCCUCAAGUGGUUUGAAGUCAAGCAGAUUUCAACAGAAGAGAUCAGCCCCCUGGAGAAUGCCAUUGAGACCAUGGAGCUCACCAAUGAGAGGAUCAGCAACUGUGUGCAGCAGCACGCCUGGGACCGGGCCCUCUCCGUGCACCCGCUCUCCAUGCUGCUCAACGGCAUUGUGGACCCGGCUGUCAUGGGGGGUUACUCCAACUACGAAAAGGCUUUUUUUACAGAGAAGUACCUGCAGGAGCAUCCUGAAGACCAGGAGAAGAUUGAGCUGCUGAAGAGGCUGAUCGCAUUACAGAUGCCUCUGCUGACGGAGGGGAUCCGCAUCCAUGGGGAGAAACUAACGGAGCAGCUCAAGCCCCUGCACGACCGCUUGUCCUCCUGCUUCCGGGAGCUCAAGGAGAAAGUGGAGAGACUCUAUGGGGUUAUCACUCUGCCGCCCACGCUGACCGAGAGGAAGCAGAGCCGCACAGGGUCCGUCGUGCUGCCCUACAUCAUGUCGUCCACUCUGCGGAGACUGUCCAUCACCUCGGUGACGUCCUCUGUGGUCUCCUCCUCUUCUAACUCAUCGGACACUGCUUCUUCCAGGCCCGGGUCGGAUGGGUCAGUUCUGGAGCCCCUUCUUGAGCGCAGGGCCUCAGCAGGUGCCCGAGUUGAAGAUCUGCCCCUCAAAGAGGACAGCGAGAACCGGAUCAGCAAGUUCAAGAGAAAAGAACGGAGCUUGAGCAAGUCCCAGGUCAUUGCAGAGAAAGCGCCAGAACCUGAGCUGAUGAGUCCGGCCAGAAAAGCACAAAGACCAAAGAGUCUCCAGCUGGUGGACAGUCGGCUGACACCAUUUCAUGGUUCUUCCACACCUCCAUCAACACCUUUGAGCCCACCCCCACUGACUCCUAAAGCUACCAGGACCCUGAGUUCCCCAUCUUUGCAGACGGAUGGGCUGAUGACGGCCACUGUGCCACCUCCCCCUCCUCCCAAAAACAAGCCCUAUGAGAGCAGGGAGAAGAACUCUGAGGAGGUUGCCCCCCCACUGCCUGUGCGAAGAGAAGCCAAAGUCCCACCCCCACCCCCUCCCAAGGCUCGGAAAUCUGGCCUCCAUCCUUCGGAGCCUGGACCCCAGUAAGGAUCUCACCCUCUGUCUGAACCUCAGUGUGCCCCUGACCCUGGUGCCUGGGACCUGACCCCCAAGGAGCAGGUUCCUCCCCACCUCGGACUUCUGUGGACUGCCUUGCCUGCCCUGGGAGGAGGUUCACCAGCUCCAGACCGGUGGGUAUCUCCUACCUUCUAUUGGAUGGAUGUCUGAGGCCCUACAGCAUCUUUAAUGCACAGGGAAUUCCAGAACAGAACUGGCCGAGUCCUGUGCAUUUCUCAAAGAGAGCUCCCUUGCCGGUGUUCAGCAACAGCCUCCAGCGCAGAGCCACAUGGUGGCGUGUGAAGGCAGGGGUUCGUCUGUGGUGGCGGUUGUAGGGCAGCCACAGUGGGCCACUCGGGCGGAUUUCUUGCUUUCCUUCUGAAGUUGUGCUUGAGGCUUACUUUUCUCACAUGGACCUAUGUGAUCUCAUCUAACAUUGAGAAAGACCAGUAUCAAAUCCUUUGGUAGCUGAAAUAAUCAUAACUUUCUAAUGUCUACUAUGUCUUUUUUUGGAGAAAAAGAACAUCUUUUUAAUGAAGACUGGCUGCUUUCCAGUAUGAAUGGCCAUCAUGAUUGACAAACCAUGGACUCCUGAGAGCUCCCAGCUCCUAUUUUCCCGCCACCAGCACGCACUUGUGUAAGGGGGACACUGGUUGUGCCCCUCCUGGGGUCCCUCACACUCCCAACCAGUGGCUCUCCCUGCACAGCACUCACUUCUUCCUACUGUGGACUCCUUUGAAAUUCUUUCUUUUGUGCAUAUAGCGUCUCGUCCUGUGGCCUCUUCUGACUCAAAUCACUGGAUAAAAAGGACUUCGAAGCCCGUGUUCAACAGUUCCCAGGUUCUCUUCAGCCCCUGCGUGGAGGGCUCAGCAGCCCCUAGCUGCACCUGAUUUCCCCUGGAGAAUACAGUGCAAUACUGCCUUUUGAUGAUUUAUUCCUCUUGAUUGUGCAUUUAAUUUGAUGACAUGUUUAUGGUACUCAUGUGAUUUAGAUGAUCAAAUAUUACCUGUACACACAUCAACACCCACACCAAGUUAGACGGUUGGAGCUAGAAGGGCCUUGAAAGUCAUCCAAAUAACCCCCUUAUUUUGUAGAUAAGGACAUAGAGGUUGAACACAGAUAAUCCUACUACAGAUUCUCAUAAUACCCCAGCUUGCUAACUGAGGUCACAUCCAGAUAACACUUAGACCUAGAAGAUAAUACUGACAAACUAACUCCUACCCUUAGUUGAAUCAGCCAUGGAAAUGGUCCAGAUAUUUCUGUACUACUUAGGUAUUUGUAACCAGGUAGACAGCCUGUGGACUGUGGAUUCCCCCAGUAGCCAUGUGAAGGGCUCCACAGGGUCUCUUCCUCAUGCAGCCUGGUCCCCUUUCCUUGGAGACAGAGAGAGCAGAGAGGGAGAUGUCCCCUCUGCGCACUGCAGUUUGUGUGCCUGUGUCUGUGUUGUCUGCUUGACUGACCGCCCCUGUUUUAGGAGAGGCAGAUCAGCCCAUCACAAGGUGGGGGAAGGGAACCCACCGCCAUGCCCCGAGUUCCUCAGGAAAUGUGCGCAGGAAGGGCUGGUCUCCCCCCACCCCCCACCCCCCCAGAGAACCUGCAGUAUGGGAUGACCGAAGGAUCCUGGGCUUUGGAAGUAAAACCUUUUGGUUUCAAAUCAUCAGACUCCUUCAAAUCAAGUGAAAUGUUCUGAGCUUUUAUUUCCUCCUCCCUCAAAACAGGGGACACUUGCCACAUAGAUUGUGCGGGUCUGAUGAGAUUGAGUAUGUGAAGUUGUAGGUGCUCGCCAAGCAGCCCUUCCCCGCUCUGCUCAGCCAGAGUAAGGUCUGGGCCUCUAGGAGCAUUACUGAUACUCUAUUGAUAUAUUCUUUUUUUUUUUCUUUUGGAAGAUAAUUUGGAAUGUGAGCGCAGGUGAGUUAUUUUGGAGUCUCCCUCACCUAAUUAUUUGUGACUAGAAACACAGCAUCAGUAAGAACAGAAGAGGAUUUUAAGUGGAAAGAACUCAAGAGAAUGAAGGAGGAAAGUAAAGAGAAGGACCAGAAAGGCCAGGCUGGGUUCCGGCAGAGCUGGAGCCACUUGUGAGAAAUUGCCCCACAGACUGGCUGGAGGGAGCUCAUAUGUGUCACCCCCUCUCCAGGUUGCCAUUAAAUAGGUGUAAACUGGGUCACCAAAACCCCCUGAGGGCAUGUUCCCUCAGAGUGGUGGAUGUGAGUCCUGCUGUCUGGUCUUUGAUCGGAGGCUGGGGAACCCAGUACAUGUGCCAGAUGCCUUCCCACCCCCACUUUUUUUAAUCAUCACCUGAGGACAUUUUAUGUUGUUGUUGUUGUUGUUUUUAGAGACAGAGGAGGGGGGGUAGAGAGAAACAUCGAUUGGUUGCCUCCUGUACACACCCCAACUGGGGAUCGAACCUACAACCUAGGUAUGUGCCUAACCAGGAAUUGAACCCUCAGCCUUUCCAUGUAUGAGACAACAUUCCAACCGACUGAGCCACAUCAGCCAAGGCUUGUUUUAAUAUAACAAUUUUCCAUAUGACUCCCUCUCUACGUUUAUGGAAAUACUAAGUCUCUCCUGCCUGAACAGAAAGGGUUCCAGGUAGUUUUGUGGGCAACAGAUGACAGGGGACAUUGGAAGGUUCGUUUUCUGGGGAAGCCAUGGGGUAGAAAAGAAUCGUAGUUGACAGACAUUGAAAUUAGCCCCAAAUCGUCACAGCCUUUGUGAAUGCUGGUUUAUGGGAUAGUUUCAUAAUCUCAUCUUUCCCUGUCCUGGUGACUUUUGUUGCUUUGAGAUUUUUUUUCAAGAACUGUUUCGUUCAACAUAUAAUUAGGCUCUCAGUAAAUGCCAGACACUGUACCAGACCCUGAGAUUGUGGCAGUUCAAUGUUUUCGCGGGGAACAGGCCCGGAUGCAGAGCCCGUGGUGUGCUGUGGGAUGGGAAGUGCGUGAUGUUGAAGGGAAGUGAAGCCCUAAACAGGCUGCUGGGCCACAGGUGGCCUCCCCUCCACCCUCACGCCUCGACUCCAGAAUUGUCAUUUUUUCCCAUCAGGGAGACCCUUAAAAACUGCUGCUGUCACACUGCAAAUCCCUGAGACAAAACAAGAGCUAAAGCAGGAUUUGAGACCACAGUUGACCUCUGUCAGCUCUUUCCAAGCUGCAGCAGUGCUUCCCCUCUAGCUUCCCCAGGUCACAGGGUCAUUUCUUAUUUUAAAAUUGAGACCUGUCUCAUGCACGUUGUAGCAUGUGGACGGUUGCAGUGUCAGUGGCAAACACCCCUGCUACCACUUCUCAGACGCAGACAUAAUUGACCUCAAAUGUGUUCCUUCUUUCCUGUCCCUUUGCGGGUAGAAUGAAAAGGAGAGAAAACCCCCACCAUUUACAAAAAUCAAUAAUGUGCUUUUUGGUAAGUCAACACAUAUUAGUCCUUGGGCCUCAAUUUCCUCAUGUAAAAAAAGUACAUAUGUAUGUAUGUUACAUGAUUUUUAUAGAACCCUUGCAGCCCAGCUUUCUUCUAAUGAAAGAGAGAGCCGGGAGGAAAUGAAGUUUCUGUAGGCUUUUCUGGUCUGUGCACCAUAAAAGAGGGGACUUUAGGAUUGUGUUGGAGGAGGUAAGUUGCUCUUGGGGUUGGUUCAGAGUGGACCCGGUUAUCUCCAAAAGGAAAAAUUUUUCCUUUCAGAUUGAUGAUUUCAGGCUGAUUCUUAGUAACCCAGCCAGAGCUGCCCUCCCCUAUCUCUGUCCAAACUCAUCUGUCAGUCCUGUUUUGAGUUGUUUGUUCGUACCUUGUCCAAAGCUCUCUUGCCGUGGUUUUGUAAACUACUUGGGUUUCAAACAUAGACAGUUAGGAAGAUGAACAUUGAAGUAGAAAAAUUUUGUUCAGAUUUGCUAUUAUUUAUUUUUUAAAUUAAAAGU